AUGGUUCUUCAUAUGUCUGCUAUUGAGAAGUCAACAGUGAUGUGGCUUGUCCGCGUAGCGAUCUCAAAGAGAACUCCAGAAGAGCUCAGCGAUCUCAAAUGUGGCUUCAAGCGUUUCAACAAGUCCGCGGACCAGCCCCGUUUCCCCGCAUUGUCCUGCUCCAUGUCCCCAGAUUCUGCAGGUUUACAAGCAGUUCAGCGCAACUUGUGGUGUUUAAGAGCAGGUUUGAACGGCGACACACCACACCAGCGACGUUUCCGCGGUUUGACCUUACGGGUCGAUCUGGUUACUUCUGCUAAGUCCUCUAAAGAGUUGGAAAAACGAAAGAACCACGCAGCUUGCCAGGACUCAUGUCGAAGAGUUUUCCACCGUGAAUGCAAGACUCCCGAAGCGGAAGCGCCGUCGGCCCAUCGCGGCCCAAGAUUUGCCAAAACCCCUCACUCAAUCAAAUCUAGAACGCCUACGAAGUCUCAACGCCAGCGCUUUGCGGGCGCUUCGACUGUAAGGGAGCUGAAGGCAUCUCACUUGCAUUUUCGGUCGCUAUUGCUUGAAGCGUAUUCGUACAAGCAGAUUGCCUAUAUUGGUACUUGUCCCGCUGCUGGGUUCAACAAGUCUGCCGUCGUCUGA